UGGGCUUUUUUUUUCUUGGUCUUUUGUUUUCCCCGUUUUCGGUUUGCUGGUGAAACUGGCAGAACUGAAGUGAUUCCAGUCUUUGGGUUUCACAAUUGGAUUAUUGUGCGUGUGUGUAUACAAGCCGAGAUAUGGGAUAACUCUUGACCGGCUUUAUGUCAACAACUGUCCCGAUCUUGCGUUGAGUGAGACAAGGGGGCGGCGGGCAGGAGGCGUUGAGCUUGCUGAAACGCCCCCUUCUUCUGCGGGAGAAGCGAUACAACGCCGUGUUAUUUCGAGAGAUGUUGCUCUUGGGUUGUUUCUGUAACGAACCUGUUUCUCAAACCACAAAAACUGCGCGGGGCGCAUGGUGCACUUAACAUUUCCAUCCAUUAAGACAAACGUUUCCUGUUCCUGGAAAAGUCCCUUCUAGCCUGCCGAUCAUGAAGCUGAGCGACCCCUUUCGUCUAGCCAUCGCGCUAUCGUCUGUUCUCUGCGCAUGUGUCAUCCCGUGCUGGGGUCAACAAGGGACUUCCUCCCCAAAUGUCACAAAAGGACAGCUUUGUCAGUUCACCGUGUCUGAUCAGGUGGGAAGGAUCGUGGUAACGUCUUCGUUUUUUACUUCCUAUACUUCCUGCCAAUGGCAGAUACAAGGAGAAGGUGCUGAUUCCGUCACUGUAUUUUUACAUAAAUUUUGCCUUCAAACGGCUGCUCAAAACGUCGACAACGAUCCGCAACAGCAGAACCAGCCAGGGGAUUUUGAAGUAUCUAUGUAUCGCACGGAGAACAGAGACCCGUCUGAUCUCCUCUACACUUGGAGGAGCAGUGAGGAAGAAGUCACUCUGUCGUUCUCCCUUGAGUCUCUCUUUUUGACUGUCCAGCCUUCGGACGAGACAGGAGAAUACCAGGAUGUGGAGAACAGCGCUUUUCGCAUAGACUAUAUCACCUGGAGUACCGUAAACAGUUCAGUCGGGUGUGAGCCCAACACCUUCAACGUUCCAGAACAUGGAACUCUUCAGGUAAUUAACACCACCCUAGGAUCCGAAGCAGAAGUAAUGUGCUCUGAGGGUUAUCUCCCUCAGGGCGUGACGUCGUCACUGGUGUGUGUGGUCUCCGAAGACAGCACACUGUCAUGGCAACCACGCACACGCGAGCAAAACUUCACGUGCGAAUCUGUCUGCCUCCACCCUCCCGCCGUCCCACACACCCGAGUCCGUCUCGUGCUUGACGAGUACACAGAGUUCACGAGGACUCCUGAGCGGUUGAUUCCGCGGCACACCGUAAGGUCAACUGGUUACGUCAGUUGUGAGGAGCCUUAUCUCCUGACGGGCGCCACUGUAUGGAAUUGUUCCCGGGACGUGCAGGGAGUUCCAACAUGGCAUAAUGCAAACGCGACUGCCUGCAUCAUCCCGGACUGUUCUUCUACAACGACUUUGACCGAGGAAUCGGGCGCCAUUGUAAACCCUUCUUUCCCGAGUGACGUUUUCGGGGGGGAUGGAGUCACGUGUGCUUGGGAGGUUGUCGCUCCGAGCCAAGCCCAGAUCAGCUUUUACUUCCAGUACUUGGAUCUCCCAGAUGACCCAAGCAUUGACUUCCGGAUAACGGAUACUGGGGGACCCCGACCUGUGAGCUUGUUGCAUUUCCAGGGUCAAGGCUUGUCAGUAAAUGCGAGUAGCGUGACCAACAGAGUGCUGGUGACGUACACGAGGUCGGCGUCCGACUUGUCUGGUCACCGUGGCUUCUAUCUGAAAUACGUCACAAGAUCCGAUGUCAGUCUGAGACAGAACACUGAUGAUCAAGGGGACGAGGAUGUGAGCUAUGUAGUCAGUGCUGGUUCAAAUCAAGAAGAGCCCCCACCUGCACUCCUGGGCACCUUUGCACGUUCAUUAAACACAGGCACUUCUGCACCCAGCACUGAAAGCAACACUUUAGCAAAUGAACCUCAAACCCCAGCACCAAAUGUCGAGAACGAUACACCACAAAACACACCCCAAACCUCUAUAACUGAUAAAGCUACCACAGAAGCAGAGAGUUCCUCCACCCCAACACCAUCAACCAGUGACAUCACUUCUCUGCCCCCGACCACUCCCACCCCUGCACAACCAACCAGUGACAUCACUUCUCAGCCCCCGACCACUCCCACCCCAGCAACAUCAACCAGUGACAUCACUUCUCAGCCCCCGACCACUCCCACCCCAGCAACAUCAACCAGUGACAUCACUUCUCAGCCCCCGACCACUCCCACCCCAGCAACAUCAACCAGUGACAUCGCUUCUCAGCCCCCGACCACUCCCACCCCAGCCCCAUCAACUAGCGGCAUCCCUCCUCAGCCCAUGACCACUCCCACCAAUGUACCGAUGGUCAAAACGGACACUACAGUCACGCCUACAGGCCAUCCAACAACAUCAGAAAAUACGGGAGUUGUCUCUGGAGAAGUCACUCAAGCAACUGAGAGUUCAGGGGGCACUCUCAGGCCGAGUCCAUCUACGGGCAGCAUUUCAUCGUCCCCUGUGACCAGUGAAGCGCCACCAAAGCCGACCGUGCCGCCCACUGAAAGAGCUGGGAAUUCCACCCACGUACCACAGGCGGCCGAAGAAUCUAGCUCGUCGUGGAAAAUAGCCGUGGGCGUAAUCAUCCCCUUGUUGAUCAUUGGCGCGGUCGCCAUCGUUAUUUACAUUUGCUACCGUAAGAAGUACCCAGUGCGUAUGAUCAUUGGUCGAGAGUUUGGCAAAUUUAGCAACCCUCAGUACUCUACCCCCAAACGAGCUCCCACAUUGGUGCGUCCAGACGCGGAUGAUUAUUUUACCGCGAGUGGAGAAGAAUCAGGUGAGAUAACCGUAGAGUAUAACCCUGUGGACAAUAGAAUAACGUUUGAUAAUGCUGGGUUCGUCAAUGACGAAGAUGAGGAUGAAGAAGAGAAAGAGCGAAAGUUCCUAGCGAGGAAAUCCUGGCUUUUUAAGAAGGGCGAAGACGAGGUGAGGGAAGUCGACACCACCGACUCGGCGGACGGGACUCCAGGGAGAUCUGUGGAGCGGCGUCAGGGGAAAGGAACAGAAGACGUCGAGUCCACGGACACAGAUGUUUCUGAGAUGCUGGGGCAGCAACAGCUUACACCUAAACCAAAGCCAAGGAAUAAACAUAAGAGUAAGAACAGAGCUGCAGCUGAGAGUUCAGCAUCUUCGACAGGGACCCUAGAGGAAAAGAGCGGUAGUUUGCAAGACGCCAGGACAGUGAGCUUGAAGAACAAUCAAGACGACGGACAAGCUAGUGACGAGGAUCAAGUGGAGAGUAAUUUCGAGAAGACAUCCAGACUUCUGUUCGAGCAGCCAACCUUCGAGGAAGUGUGUGCAGAUAUCAAAGCACGGUCAAGGUCCAUGAGCGUUGACAGAGCUAUGGCCUUCACGGCCAGACCGCGGAGUUUCAGCGUGAAUCCGUCAAAGUCUGCAAGGAGGAACUCUCUGUUCGACGAAACAUUAUUUGAGGCACAGAAAAGAAAAACCAAACCUCCAAAGAAAAUGACGUCAGUGGAGAAUCUGCAUGAUUUUCCGGCUCUGACGGCUUCUGUUGUCGGGGUUGAUUACCGGGAUAAAACAGCUUCCAUGGCGUCCUUUGACUUCUCCUUGGGUGACGAUAAUGACGGUGUUCCCAGGAACAUCUCACCAGGGGACAGAGACCGCGGCGUGUCCUUGUCUUCCGCCAACAGCAACCCACACCUGGUCACUGACCUGGACGAUGACGACAGAAACACAGACCAGGAGGGUUCACAGAAGCACGUGAGUGACGAUGAAGAAUAUGAAGAGCAACACGAUGAGAAGAACAUUCUCAAUAAAGAACGUAGUGACUCAAAGUUGAACAUAGAAGAACGAUUUGCAAGGGCCACGGCCAUUCUAACCCGAUCCCGAGCUAAAAGCCUGGAUGAAGAAGGUCCAGGCGCAAAAGAACAAAACAAACGAUCCCAAAGCUUUAGCAAUUUUCUUGAUAGUACUGAUGCAGACAUAGACCACAUAGACAUGGCUGCAUUAAAGUCCAUUCAAGCUCCAAGUAAAAGCUCAGUUUUCGAUGACGACCCCGAUUUAUCUUCUCCUGUGGGAAGAGCUGGUACGACUUUCUACGACAAUGAACAGUCUACUUUCCCUACAAACGGACAACAAAGGACCGAAGCCAGUUUCUUCUCGCUCCAACUGCAGCCUUCUCUGGACGAGACCGAUUUGCCGUUUACAGAAAGUCAAGAUGUUCCCGUGCCAGGGAGUUAUGGGAGCGUCCCGUCGCCAGGGAGGAUACGAGUACUCACGUUCGGAGAGGUCGGACAGAGAGAGGAUGGUAAUCAAACUGAAGCUGAUGAUUCUACUGAUGGUGACAAAAGUGAUGACGAUGAUGUGAUAGGAGGGGACAAUAGCCAUGGAAGAAAACUGCGAUUCGUUCUUCCGAGCACAGAGGAGUUAGGGGGAGGCAGAGAUGACGAUGAUGAGGGUGCUGAGACUUCAGGUACAUCAAAUACUAACACCUCAGAUGAAAGCGAAAUAGAAGCAUCAUAUACCUUCGAGAAAUCCGAACCUCAGAUCCAGACUACAGGUCAGAAUCGAAAGUCAGAGGCUGAUAGCAGCACUAGCAAAAGCGGAAGUGAGUCAAGUUUUGAAGUUUUACCCCCAGAGAUGUCCAGAAAUCUGCAACUAUUCCCAUCUUCCUCGUCGACUGUAAGCAGCCCUAUUCCGCAGAUGUUUCCACGCGUGGACGAUCAGAGAGCCGAGGAAGGAGCGAGGCCGCGUCCAGUGAAGCUCAUGUCAGAGAGAACUUACUCGGACAGCUCCAGCGAGUCCACCGACCCUCAGGUCACAACACUCCAGCUCACCAAACCUGAAGAAUUGGACAUGGGAAACAUGCAGCCAAGGACUGUGUCUAAAAUACAUCCAAGUGUAGAACUCGACAAUAGUUUUAGCAUUAGCGAUGAUGAUGAUGAUGAUGACGACAAUGAGAACAAAGGACACAAGUUGACAGAUGACGACAUCUCUGAGGUCCUUGGGGACGGCAGCAGCACAAGUGACACCAGCAGUGAUACUGACGCAGCCCCAGGACGGAAGAGCAGAGCUUUGUACACUUUCAGGGAUGAGAACAGCGAGGAUGAGGACAUUGAUGUUUGAAAAACAUGAUAUUACAUAUGUGGAAAACAAUAUGUUUGUGAACCAUUAUGUUGGACUAACGACACCAAACAAACAAACAAAUAAACAAACAAACAAACAAACUAAAUGCGUUAUGAAGAGCUAGGUUUAGAUUAUUUUACAACUGAAAGAAAUUAUCAUUGUCGACGAUUGUGUAUCGGCGUUAAUAAAUGUAUUACAAGACAGAGUAUCAACAUGCUACCUUGUCCACUGAUUCUAUAGCCUCUUCACUCAACAUCCACAUUUCACAUAUCAAGAUUAUUUGUCGUUUUAACCUCUAUUUAAAACUGUAUGCACAAAACGCACAUCCUCAUGAAAACCCCCCAGCUCAUCUUGAAAAACAAAAAGGCACCAGUGUGUACUUAAUAUGAUGCCCAAGACCGUUGAGCUUGAAUUUAACCUUUUUCUAAACUUUGUCUACUAGCUCUGCCCCUCCCCCAAAGCAGAUGUAUUUUGUUAAAGCUGCUUACGUUUCAUAAGAAAUGAAAGAGGCAAAAGCUAUCACAUCUUCUCUAACACAAAGUAAAGUAGAACACCCUUUCAAUAAAUACUAUGCAGACUGUUUACUUUCCUGCUCGGGCUCAUAGAGGCGAUCGCGUUAAUCAUGAGCACCUGGAGACAAACUUGUUGCUCGAUGACAUCGCCUGAACCUUCAACUGCCUGACUGUGUAUCGGUUUCUUUUUCAAACUCAAAAGGAAGGAUAAUGAAAUGGUAAGCUGGAGAUGGAUAGUGCAUGAACCUCGAUCGUGACCUAUGCAUAUUAUGACACCAUAACCCAUGAGUGCGUGAAUCGACUAUUUAUUAUUAGUGCAAUCAUUUGUUGUUGUUGUUUUUUUUAAUUGCAAUCUUGGUUUGAGUGAGGAAAUGUAAAAAUAAUAGUAUGCAUGCCAGUGUGGGUGUGGAGGACCUCGAAAUCUUCACAAGAAAGGGAGAGAUGAUAAUAAUAAACAACGUGUUCACUUUGUAUUUAUAGUUGUAUUUGAUAUUCAUAUCGUUUGACCAAUCUCUUUCAAGCCGUGUUUUUCUCUGGACAACAACUCAAAUGGAAAGAAUAUUGUCAAUGUUUUACUUCAUACGUCUGCUUUAUUUUAUACUUUCUCGAUAGUGAAUACGACUGGAGUCCAAUAAAUGGUUCUGUGCUAGACUGCUGUGCAGGCUAUUCUGGGUCACAAAUCACUAACAGGGUAUUAUUUCAACUACAUUUGUUUGAGGUGUCUUUUCAGUUCUCCUGUCGGAGAUGGGCGUCAGUCACACUAUAGACCCUACCUUAAUUGAUAACUUCUUCAUGUUGAAAUACAUGCAAACCCGUUGCCUUCAUGCGGUAUUAUGAGUUGUUUCUGAAAGUCUGGAGCACUGAUUCAAAGAGGAAAUGUUUUGUUUCAGACAAAUCUUUUUUUAAAGCGGCACGUUGUUUUACUCUCGUUGUAAAGAUCUUCUGGAUUUGCACUACUGGUGACACAAGGGAUACAACGCAUAACGUUAGCAAGGUGUUCAGAUGGACUAAGCCCAAAAUUGAGAUUUUUUUUUAUGGCAGGCUUUUUAGUCCGUUAUAUUGGUUGUGUGUGCACAAACAUAUCAUGUCAAAAUUGGAAUUCUAAAUAUUGAAAAAGGCAAGAAAAGAUACACAAUGCCGUUACAAUUGUUUUAAACAUUGAAACACUUUGUCUAAAUUAAAAACAUGUUGGUUUCUGGGCUUAGCUCAUCUGAACGGCUUGCCAAAAAUGUAGCCAAUGUAAAAUGUGUUUAUUUAUAAUAAUGUGUCCGAAAGAUUUUCUACCACUUUUUAUGCAUUUGCAAUAAUAAUACAAUGUUACCCUGUGUGUAAAGAUCGUUGUAAUGCAACGCUAAUAUUUAAUAGUCACAAUCAAAGAGCAGUGCUGUGUUGAAUACAUUGGAAACUGAGAGACAUCUAGAAUGUUGGAGGUUUCUCCCAAUAUAAUUUAAACCUAAAAACGCCUUUUUGUGCCUCUUCUGGGUCUUGUGACUGAUAUGGCAUAUUUGUGCAAUAAAAAGAUAAAGAGAAAACAA